UCCACCUGUCUUUCAAAACCUUUGUCGCGCAAAACGCUCAAGCAGAUCACAAAUUUUGGUUUCCAACUUUUCCCAGAAUUUUUUUUCAUUUUCGAUUAAAACAAAGUUCCUCUUCUUAUCUUCAUCGAUGGCAUCUCGCCGGCGCAUGUUGUUAAAGGUCAUUAUCCUCGGAGAUAGUGGGGUUGGUAAAACAUCACUGAUGAAUCAGUAUGUGAAUCGUAAGUUUAGUAAUCAAUAUAAGGCUACCAUCGGUGCGGAUUUUCUUACUAAGGAAGUUCAAUUUGAAGAUAGGUUGUUCACAUUGCAGAUUUGGGAUACUGCUGGUCAAGAGCGGUUUCAGAGUCUUGGUGUGGCUUUCUACCGGGGUGCAGACUGCUGCGUCCUUGUUUAUGAUGUUAAUGUCAUGAAAUCUUUUGACAAUCUUAACCACUGGCGAGAAGAAUUUCUUAUUCAGGCUAGUCCAUCUGACCCUGAAAACUUCCCAUUUGUUGUCUUGGGAAACAAAAUAGAUGUUGAUGGUGGGAAUAGCCGAGUUAUUUCUGAGAAGAAAGCAAAGGCAUGGUGUGCUUCCAAGGGAAACAUACCAUACUUUGAGACCUCUGCAAAAGAAGGAUUUAAUGUUGAAGCUGCUUUCCAGUGCAUAGCAAAGAAUGCACUCAAGAAUGAACCUGAAGAAGAAAUGAAAACACGCAAGGUGAAAAUUAAUUCCCUGUCGGAAAAAGAUGGUGGGGGGGGGGGGGGGGGGGGGGGGGGGGGGGGGGGGGGGAAUACUAAAAGAAAAUAAAUUAGAAGUAUAAAAUAGAUUUUAAAUUAGCAUGAUAUGAUACAGGUAAAUCCUUAAGAUUGAAGCUCAGUACUUCUUACAACAUGAUGAUAGACCAUUGGUGUGCAAUUUCAAAUUGAGUUUUUCACCGCCAUUCUGAAAGUCAUACAAAACUAUCUAAAGAGAGGUAAUGACAAAAGGAUCAUAAAAGAAUGCUAUGUUCACAUUAAUUGUCUAUUAAGUUAGGUGUGGGAUUUUCUCUAGGUGUAAUAAAAAGAGCUUCUGAGAUGAUGAAUGAUGAUAAUAAGAUAAAGACAAUUGGUUCUUUGCAUAUGCAGAACGAAGCUAAGUAGUGAGUGCAUGUGGCAGUCACCAAAGCUCACUGAUUAACACUAUAUGUUCUUAUGACAAUUCUCCUCACAGUAACACAAUUGUGAGCAAAGAGCAGCUAUCAAAGAAACCAUGGGCAUGGCACGCCCAUAAAAAUGCAUGAAUAUCAGACAAAACGAAACGUUUCUAAUCCUCUGUAUCAUUAAAUUCUGAUUCAUGCUCUUCAUAAGACAACACAAAACUGAUAAAUGAGAAGAUAAGCAACAUAUCCGCAGAGUGAGAUACCAAAAAAGUGGUAAGUAACAGUUUCAUGUAUCAGAUGUUCAGUGAGGAAAUUGAUCGAACACAUGGCAUCCCAAAAAAGAAAAAGAAGAAAAAAAAAGGGAAU